AUGGCGGCCCCCGCCGAGCAAUAUGACCACCUGCUCCCGCAGUCAUCUCAACAUCCACGGGUGCAGCAGCGACCCAACGAGCAAUACUCGCAACAACAAAGGCCCCAGACCAAGCCACGCAGCUACAGUGUCCGCUCCGAGAAGUCCCAUCGAAGCGGCGGCAGCAAGUCGGAUUUCCCCCACGAGUCCAAGACUCUGCAGAGCAAGGCGGAUCCCUCCAUGGCCAUCAACGAAGCAGAACCUGCUACCAUGGCCGUCAUGGAGGAGUCGAAUCACGUUUCGCUGCGCUCCAUGCAGCACAAAGACACAUGGGGCAACCCGAUCGCGGACCCCGACAAGUCGAACCCGACCCGUAACCGCUGGGAACGACCACUUGACACUAUUCGAGGUUUCGAGGCGGCAAUCGACGGUGGAUACUCGCGCAAAAGUCUGAUCCGCUCAGAAACGCAGACAUCGGUAAGCUGGAGCCAGCAAGACGGUCCCCGCCCCCCGAACCAGCCACGAUUUCCCCAAGACGGCUACUACAGCAACCGGGCGCCAUCGGGUUACGGCGCCGGCUAUAAUAACGGCCGGCCUCUACCUCGCGAUCGCAGCCUGCGGAUGCAUCCCGAUCAGCAAUACCAGACUCAUGGGCGGGAGCAAAACGUCUACCCCAUGCCACAUAAGGAUCGAUCCUACGAGACGGUGACGUCUGCCGGCGGCAACUCUGACCCCGCUGGCUACCAGACAGACCCGACCAGCAGUGACAACAGCUCCGUCGACCACCGGGUCGCUCCGGCUAAGCGCCCGGGCCCCAAUGACCAUGGAAUCGGCUUCAGCCAGUCACAACCCGGCUUCGCCGUCAGCGGGGGAGGCAACGGCCAUGCCAACCAUGCCUUACCAUCCCCUCCCGCCGAGGCUGGCCACUUCGACAACGGCUCCAAUGUGCCGCUCAAGCAAUCGUCAGCACUGAGCCGGCAGGUUACACCGCCGCACCACGAUGGCCCUGAGAAGCGCAAGAGCUGGUUUAGUCGUCGCUUUAGCAAAGAUACCUAG